AACACUCGUGACCAGACCAUGUAUGUUCGAGAACCUUGUCGGUUGUAUCUUAUCUCUUAUCAACAACAGUGUAGUCGAGAGAUCGUAUCUGCGAUGUGUUUCUAUCUAUGGAAAGGCCUACAACUGUGACAUCUGUGUAUGCUGCACGCACUUGUAAUGAAGGUCUGUCCAACCAUGGAGGAAAUAAACAAAGUUGAAACUUAAAAAUUAAUAUUAUAUUUGUUUGUCAGUUUGCUUUAUUAUGAGGUAAUCAAGUAAAAUAAGUUAAAAAAUGUCAAAGCAUAGUAAAAAAAGAAAAAUUGUCUCAAAGAGUGAAGCACAAAGAAAGAAAUAUGAUUCACAGGAAGGCGUAGCGAAUGGAAGGUUUCCAAAUGGACAGCACAAGGAAGAAGAGGACAACUCAGUCACAAGUCCGAGUAAACGGUCACUAACACAUAUUUACCUUGCUUGUAUCACUUUUAUUGUCAUCACCUUCUUUCUGUCGCUCAUUGCUUUUCACAAUUUACUAAAUGUAGAAAAUGUAGAGUUUGAUGACGCUUACAUGUUCAAUAUUGAACAAGAUGAAGUCUUAAAGCGGUAUAAGCAAAUAGAGAGAAUGGAUAAAAUUCAUCGGAGAGCUAACCUUGGCUUACAAGAAUUCAAAGCGGUGUAUGAUGGCAAAUGGCCUGUACUUAUAACAGAUGUUAUGCAAGAGUGGCCUGCAUCUAACUGGACAAAGGAGUUUUUUGUGAAUGUUUACGGCGAAGAGAGGAUAACAAUGAAGGCUGUUCGAGGAACAUUAAAAUCGGCUGAGUCCUUCGCAUUACCAUUGAAGCUGUUCCUAAGCCACGUCCAUGAGGGCCAACCAAAUACCUGGACGUACUUAGAAGAUGAAAUCUUUCUUGAGCAAAGACCGCAGCUCAAGAAAGAUUUGAUUAAGCCAGUAUACUUAGAAGAAGAUUUGUUCCAAAAUUUUCCAUCAGAAAUCCGGCCAUGGAAUGCCAUGCUUCUCUGGGGAACUCGUUACUCAAGGUCAUCCCUCCACAUUGAUCCUUACAACUGGACUGGCACAAAUGCUGUCUUCAAAGGACUUAAGAAAUGGAAGCUUUAUCCUCCUGGACAAGACCAGUAUUUGUAUGUUUACCCAGAUCAACUCUCAGGGUUUCCACUCAGUUGUUACAAGUACAAUAGCCCUGUUGAUGCUUUCAAUCCCGACCUGAAGACAUACCCAAUGUUCCGGCAUGCAAAAGCGAUAGAGUUCGAUCAGAAGCCUGGCGAGCUUCUCAUCAUUCCGACUGGCUGGUUCCAUCAAGCUUACAAUGAUGAUGAAACCAUGGCAGUCAGUAGCCAGGUUAUGAAUUCAGGAAACUAUGAGAUUGUAAUUGAAGAGAUUUUGAAAGCUAAUGAAGUUCUAAAAGAUAAACUACCACAGACUUUUUAUGACAUGACACCUGUACAAAAGGUGAAUACCUUGAUGAGAUUGAUGCCAAAGGACAUAUUAGACAGAGGCCGUGAAGUCAAUGCUGAAGCCUUGAAUGAAAUCCACAAAGGAACAAGAUAAACACUCCUGCAGACAACCCUGGGUGAUGGAACCAUCCAUUUACUAUAUUCAGUUUGCAGAAAUUUAAUCAGCUGUUAUUUGCAACCCUAGAGCCAGUGGUGUAUCUAGUGCACAUGCCCUCCCUAUAAAAGCUUGCACCCCUACCUCCACCCCCACCAAUUUCCUACCCCACUGAAAAAUUUUAAGCAAAAAAAAUGAUAUUAUAGUUGUUAAAAAAAAAAACCUCAUAUCAGUUUUUUUUCCCAGCUAGCAUCCCUCACUUUAUCAUCGAUCCCCUCCCGCUUCACCUUUACUUUCUCAUCAGCCCCCCCCCCCCCCCCCCCCCACCCCCCCCCCCCC